UAUUGCAGACAGAUUGACCUUUGUUUUCGGUUUUUGUGAUGGUAUUAUAAUCGCGCGUAUUAUAACAGUCCCGACUUGUUUGAAAUGUGGUCUUCUGUGGAUUUUAGCGGUUAUGGUGGGAGUACUGAUACUGGCGGGGGCUUUUUAUCUGGAACUGCAGCGACUUCGGCAAAGGUAUGCAUUUUUUGCUACGAUCUUGAUAGUUUUCAAGAAAAAUGUGGGCCAGAAUUGCAUAAUGCCUUGCACGUGUGCUGAGAUAUCUUCGGCGACACAGGAAGGUGAUAAGUACCUUUCGGCCACAGGCGUCGAAUUUUCAUUGGUAGUUCAACAGCUGUUUGAUACAGUUUCCUUGGUCGGCGUUAUUCGUUCCGUGAACCAGUCUGCCACUCGUAUUGAUUACGAAAUCGACGACUACACUGGACCAUAUUUGCAGAUUAAACUCUUUCUCGAUGACGAAGAUUCCAAUCCCGAUGCCAACAAGGCUAAAUCGCUCGACCGCCUGUCAUACGUUCGCGUGAAUGGUUAUGUACGCAGUUUCCAGGGUGUACGAAAUAUUGUCGCUUUGAAGGUUGUCCCACUCGAUGAUAUGAACGAGAUCACCUGUCACAUCUUGGAGACCAUCUACGCUAGAAUGUUGCAAGCGAAGACAAAAACUUCGGGCACUGACUCUAUGAUGCGCUCCACUGGAGACGUAUUAGUCCCUACAACUAUUGGUGGACUAACAGUACUUCAAAAUCAGGUUCUCGUCAGUGUACGCACUUAUCCGGAUGAGAGAGGCAUAUCAGUUGCGCAGAUCUGUGAGAAGUUGCGCGGCGUUCCGGAGCAACAAAUUAGGUAA